AUGGCGCUGUGGGGUCUCCGCGGGGAGGGCGGGGGCGCCCAGCCAGGAUGGGCGGGGAGCACCUGUGGUAUCACGAUGCUGCCUCUCAGCACCGUCGAGGGCCAGGAAACGGAGGAGGUGCAGACCAAGCCGCCGGAGAAAGGAGGGAGCACCUGUGGUAUCACGAUGCUGCCUCUCAGCACCGUCGAGGGCCAGGAAACGGAGGAGGUGCAGACCAAGCCGCCGGAGAAAGGAGUCCUGCUUUCUGAGAACCCUGAUGAUCCACCAAAGAAGCCCAUCAGAAUGAAGGGAACAAUGUUAUUCAGAGUCCUGCCGUUCUGUCCUGUGAUUCCCUGGACAUCUUCGGAGCUAGCGCUACCCGGGCGCCAAGGACAAGCACUGAGCAAGCCCGCCCGCUCCUGCCCAGCGGCCCAGACAGAACCCGGGUCCGGAGGGAGCACCUGUGGUAUCACGAUGCUGCCUCUCAGCACCGUCGAGGGCCAGGAAACGGAGGAGGUGCAGACCAAGCCGCCGGAGAAAGGAGCCCUGCUUCCUGAGAACCCUGGUGAGCCGCGGAAGAAGUCCACUGGUAUGAAGGGACGACUGUCAUUCAGAGUCCUGCCGAUCUGUCCCAUGCCAAGUGUUUGCUUCACCUAUUACUUGGAACCGGAUGACUCUGACUCUGAUUCCCAAUUUCCUCCUGAACCUUCGAAACCUGACCCAAAUUGCACCUUUGUUCCUCUGCCUGUGUUAGAGUUUCGUGAGAUCAAGGUGUGUGAAUGUCCCCUGUGCUGUCUCAGCUUUGUCACUGCUUCCUAA